AUGAAAGAUGAAAAUUUCCUUUCUGGGAAUUAUAAGGGAACUUUGGCCGUCGAUCUUAUACACGAAACUAGACCAAACCAACUCAAAAAUGCAAAAAAUCAACACACUUCGAUUAUAAUAAUUUAUGAAGCAAAAUUUGGUGAAAGCUUAAUGAUGGCUUAUAUUGGACGAAUAACCGAAGAUGAAGCAUCUGAAGCUAAUCGAGCAGUAAUUAGCAUUGUCUGUUAG